GACAAGAUAAAAAAACAUCGUCUUCGCAGAUAGAACCUACGUUUCGUAAAUGGAAUAAAACCAGAAUUAUAAUAAUUUACUUGAUUAUUGUGCCCUUUUUGUGCUUUUUAAAAUGAGUGAACUUAGACAGCGUCGCGGUGAUGGUGAAGGAAACGAAAAAGUUGAAACGGCAGGAGAAUCUGAUCAUGUGGAUUCAGAGGAAGAAAAGGUGUUAGAAGAAAAGGAUGUGGAUGAAAUGGCGAAGAAUUUGCCUCAAGGCACGGACAAGACGCCCGAAAUAUUGGAUUCAGCUCUUUCUGGUCUAUCCUCAAGGUGGCGAAAUUGGGUGAUCAGAGGAAUCUUCACGUGGCUGAUGAUUGGAGCUUUUUGUCUUCUCAUCUACGGGGGUCCUUUAGCCUUAAUGAUAACGGUCUUAUGCGUCCAAGUGAAAUGCUUCGAGGAAAUCAUAAACAUUGGCUAUGCUGUCUACCGAGUUCACGGUUUGCCGUGGUUCCGAUCCCUCUCCUGGUACUUCCUGUUGACUUCCAACUACUUCUUCUAUGGAGAAAACUUAAUCGACUACUUUGGAGUUGUAAUCAAUAGAACGGAUUACCUCAAGUUUCUGGUGACCUACCACCGGUUCAUCUCGUUCAGUCUGUACUGCGUGGGUUUCGUGUGGUUCGUGCUGUCGCUCGUGAAGCGCUACUAUAUGCGACAGUUCAGCCUGUUCGCGUGGACGCACGUCGCCCUGCUCAUCGUCGUCACACAGAGCUACCUCAUCAUCCAGAACAUAUUCGAAGGAUUGAUCUGGUUCAUAGUACCGGUGUCUAUGAUAAUUUGCAACGAUGUGAUGGCGUAUGUGUUCGGCUUCUUCUUCGGCAAGACUCCUCUCAUCAAGCUCAGUCCCAAGAAGACUUGGGAAGGUUUCAUUGGAGGGGGUUUCUCGACUGUCGUCUUCGGCUUAGUGCUCUCCUACAUGAUGUCACAAUAUCCUUACCUGGUGUGCCCUAUUGAGUACUCCGAGUCUCUGGGUAAAAUGACGAUGGACUGCGAGCCGUCACUGCUGUUCCGCUUGCAAGAAUACACGCCGCCCCAAUUCCUGCAACCACUCAUGAAGAUUUUCGGCAUGGAGAAAUUCAACAUGUACCCGUUCAUGAUCCACUCACUGGCGCUCAGCAUAUUCAGCUCCGUCAUCGGGCCUUUCGGUGGAUUCUUCGCGUCGGGCUUCAAGAGGGCUUUCAAGAUCAAGGACUUUGGCGACGUCAUUCCCGGGCACGGUGGCAUAAUGGACCGCUUCGACUGCCAGUUCCUGAUGGCCACAUUCGUCAACGUGUACAUUACCAGUUUCAUACGUACUGCCACGCCUCAGAAGCUGCUUCAACAAGUAUACAACUUGAAACCGGAACAACAGCUACAACUUUUCUACGCAUUGAAAGAAUCGCUUGAACACAGGAAUAUACUCAACUUGGUACCAUAAACACCUUAACUCUACCACGAGGUAACCGAAU